CCAGAGUUUGACACUUUUCUGCCUAUAUAUCCUUACUCCAAUUCCAUAUAAAAGGACGUAUUACACUAUGACAACAAGUCCGGUCUUUGCACAUCUAUUGCCUAGAAACGGAGCAUGGAAACGUGAAGUUACAAACUGGCUUUCGGAGGAUGUUCCAUCGUUUGACUAUGGUGGAUUUGUUGUUGGUGAGACCCCAGAAACUGCAACACUCUGGUGUAAACAGGAAGGUGUCGUUGCUGGUAUCCCAUUUGCUCAAGAAGUCUUCAGCCAAUGUGAGUUGGAAGUGGAAUGGUUAGUUAAAGAAGGUGAAUACUUGACUCCUAAGGGGAAAAUUGCCGUGGCCAAAGUUCGUGGUAAAGCUAGAGAUAUCCUGUUGGCUGAAAGAACUGCGCUGAACCUAUUGGCAAGAGGGUCAGGUAUUGCCACCAAAUCUCGCAAGACCAUCGAACUUGCAAGGGAAGCAGGGUACAAAGGGAUCAUUGCAGGCACUAGAAAGACCACGCCGGGGCUUCGAAGAUUAGAGAAAUACUGUAUGUUGGUUGGAGGAUGUGACCAACAUCGUUACGACUUGAGCUCCAUGGUUAUGCUAAAGGACAACCACAUCUGGUCAACCGGCUCCAUAACUCGCGCAGUGACAAACGCAAGAUCCGCUUGUGGGUUCGCAAUGAAGAUUGAAGUUGAAUGCCAAAGUGAAGACGAAGCUAAUGAAGCUAUUGCCGCCGGUGCUGAUGUUAUCAUGCUUGACAAUUUUACCAGUGAAGGGUUGAAAAUUGCCGCUGUAAACAUCAAAUCUAAGUGGGCAAAUUCAAAGAGCUUCUUACUAGAGUGUUCUGGCGGACUGACGUUAGAUAAUAUAAAGACGUACCUCUCAAACGAAAUUGACAUUUACAGUACUUCCUCUAUCCAUCAAGGUGUUGGUUACGUUGAUUUCAGUUUGAAAAUUGACCAGAAGGAUUAGUAGUUUAUGGAUAUUUGUAUAUAAUUGUUGCUUUUCUUUCGUAUAAUGGCAAAAGAUGUAUGGUUUUGAAG